AGGAGGGAGUGAGGAGGAGGAGGAGGAGGAGCAGGAGGAGGAGGAGGAGGAGAAGGCGAAAGGAGAGGGGCAACUCUACCACUCUGACCUUCCUCCCACACAUCCCCUCCCGCACUUGGGAGGCCGCCGCUGGCGGCACGCUGCCACGCGCCCCCAGCCCGGCAAGACGGAAACCUGGCGCACACUUGAAACCUGUCGUGUGGCUGGCCGGCCGGCGGGCCCGCCGGCAAGGGGUGCCCCGGCUCGUGCCCGGCGGCGGCCGGGAAGCCCGAGCUCUUCCUCCGACCCCAUCUGCUCGGACCCCCUCUGGGAGGCCCAGGGACAGGGCGCACCCCGAGUGCUGCGCCCGCUUCCGCCCUGCCUGCCCGGCGCACCGAAUUCGGGCCCCGCUCUCGCUCCGGCGGCGAGACCAGGCGACGGAGGCCGCUCCUGGGAAGGCGCGGGCCCUGCGUCCGCGUGCUGCGGCCCGCGCCCUCUGCGAAGCCAGGGGUGCUUCUGAGCAGCCUUCCCCCUCCCCCUCCCUCUGCGCCUGGCUCGAGGAGCCGCGGGACCUCUGGAGCCCGACCGCCACCAGGUCGGCGGCCGUCGGGGAAGGAGGCGGCGCGAGAAGGGCAGCCUCCCGAGAGUAGGCGGCGAGCGAGGGGGGGAAGCUGCAUGACGACCCAGAGAGCAGCAAGGCCUAACAUUCAGCUUCAAGCGUGAUCGUCACACGAACGACGCUUCGGCAUGCGACUGGAAGCAGAAGUUCUAGGCCCAACGACCCUCUGAGAAACGCGGUAUCCCAAUCAAUAGGUUGACUCAGGCUUCCCGCGUCACUGGCACACGCCAUACACCUUGGAGGUUGUACCCCGGCCGCACGAUAUGCCGCACUCGCAUUGGUGACCCCACUCUUGCUUCGUGCAACUG